AUAUAGGAAUUGUAAAAGAAAAUAAUAAGAAAAUUAAUUAAGCCAUUAGAAAACCAAUCACAACUACAUGUUAAAGCUGAACAAUAUCGAUCUGAAUAUAUUAGAGAUGCAUUUAUUGCUGGUAUUUCCUCACAAAAAAUUCGCCAACGUUUAUUAGAAAAUUUUGAACUCUCACUUGAUCAAGCUUUCAAUCAAGCAAUUUCACUCGAGAUGGCAGAAAUUAAUUCCCUAACUUACAAUGGUAAUUCUUUGCCCCUUAAUUCUGCUGAUGCCGUUAUUUCAUCUAAUUCACAAAAGAAAACUCAAAUAUGUUCCCUGAACAACAACGAUGUAUCUACUGUACGAGAUAAUUUGGUUGAGUCUACUUUAGCUGCUGCUUCAAAUAAAAGAAGAUGUUUCUUCUGUGGCAGUAAUGUAAUUCAUCAGCGAAUAAAAUGUCCAGCUUUGAAUAGUACUUGUCAGAUUUGUUCUAAAAAGGGACAUUUUGCUAAUGUUUGCCGAAGUAAACAAACUAUGAAUGCUGCUGUAACAAACGAAAAUGAUACUAAUUAUUCUGUGGAGGUUGCUGCUAUAUCAGCAGCUUCUUUACCAAGUCUACAUAAGGCAACUGUACCCGUUAUUAUUAAUAAUUAUCGUGCCGAAGCUCUUAUCGAUACCGGAAGCUCGAUAAGUUUCAUAAAUGAAGAAUUGGCGCAACUCUUGAAAUUGAGACAGAAACCUUGUCAGCAAAUUAUUACUCUAGCUUCACUUAAUCAUACAUCUCCAGUCACCUGUUACUGUAAUGCUACUAUAAAAUUAUAUAAUCACUCUUACAGCAAUGCCAAGUUACUAGUUGUACGUAACUUAUGCACUGACAUUAUUUUAGGUCAUGAUUUGCUUAAAAAUCACCAUUCUCUAGAACUCCAGUUCGGAGGUCCCAGAGAUUCUUUGAAGAUAUGCAAUGUUAUGGCUGCAAAUUUACCUAACGCAACUCUAUUUUCAAAUUUGUCGCCUAAUAUCAAACCUGUGGCAAUAAAAUCAAGGCGCUAUAAUGAUGAUGACCAAAAAUUCAUUUCUGAAGAAAUUCAAAAGCUAUUAAAAGAUGGAAUUAUAGAGCCAAGUAUGUCAUCUUGA